CACACAACCAUCCUUUGUUAAGUUUUAAAUAAAAAUAAAUUCUGCAUAAGUCCCACCUUUCAGGAUUGUAUUCAAGUUAAUUAUCAAAGUGAAUUUCAGAGAAGUUUUAACACGUAAAUUUGUUACAAGUGUAUGAACUUGUGAAAAUAAACACAAUGAAAAUUUACUACACCCUGCUGGUCCAACUUAAAUUGCCGUAGUAUAAUUACUUAUCAGAAGUGAAAUUGCCUAUACAAAAUGAUACCAGACCAUCGCUACUGCAAACAAGAUGUUUAACUCCAUUGGAAUAAAAUUGGCUACAGGUGGCUUGCAUGUUUUAAGCUUGUGUUAAACAUUUUUCAUGCUAAGCAUGAACACCAUCUAUUUAUGGAAAGGGUCUGCUAAACUUAACGUAAUCGGGUUUGAAUCAGGCAACCUAUGCAAAUUUCCUACAAAAAUUGGUUGUUUGGGAGAAACACUUGUUCUCUUGGACUCAAAUUACACAAUAUGGUUUGGAACACUGUCUUUAGAUUCAUCAAUACAUUUUAUGGAUUCUGGCAUUAAAGCGGUUGAUUUUGUUUGUUCAAAUAACACUUUAUAUUAUUUAAGCGAUGGUGGUCGAGUGUUUAAAGGCCACUCUGAGAAUUUAGACAAGUGGACUGAAGUGGUUUUGUUCGAAGAAGGCAAAAGCUGUGCACAUGGUCAUACAACAAGUAGUCAGCAUAUAUUUGUAAAAAGCGUUGCAGCUGGCAACAUGGGGGUACUCUUUCUUUCAGACACUGGUCAUUUGUGGGUGUGUGGUGAACAUCCACAGUUAGAUAUCCAUAAAGACGAUGAACCAACAAAAGUAAGCUUUUUUGAAGGUAGACAUAUAACUUGUAUUAACAGUGGCAAAGACUUUAAUGUAGUUCUAACACAUAAAAGAGAGAGCGGUGUUUGUCCAACAUAUCACGAAGAUCAAAAGAGUGACGAUGGAAAUGCUUUUUCGGCUGCUUGUCCUCAGUGUCUUAGUGAAAAUAUUAUUUCACCUUUAUCACCACAGACAUGUUUCGAUUCUUGUCCGUUAGGACUCCCAUUAACAAACAACACACCUAGUCCCUCAACCCCAACCAGUAAAAAUAAUACCUUAAAUAGUGAAGAUAGAAACAACGACAUUGAUAAUACCUCCUCUUCAACAGAAGAAGAUUCUUGCUCCCUCAUAAGAGAUGAUCAUUCUUUAUCUGAAGCUAAAGAAGAUGAAGAUAGUAUUAGUGUUAUUGUGGAAAAAGGUGAUGGAAUGGGCCUCCUUCAUAUAAAUACAGAAUCAGCUCGCCAGUUUCUAACUAGGCAGCUUUCUUGGAUGUCUUCCGGAGGUGAAGAACUAUUGGCUGAGGUUUCAGUUCCAACUAAGAUUAUCAAACAGAAUGUCUCAACAGUGGCAAGCUUUGUUUAUGAAGGUGUAAAAACUGUUGGAGAUAAAGUAGUCACUUUAUCGAGGCACAUGAGCGGUGGAUCAGACAAUAACAGUGAUUCGUUCGAUGAUUUUGCAACUGAUGACUUCAAUUUGUCACAUGCAAGCAACACUUCCAGUGUUAAAUGUGAAUGGUCCUGCAGUGGAGGAUGUAGUGAAGUCUCGGACCGAGGCACAGUGGAGCGUUUGGCGCAGAUAUUGGCCCGAGGAGCUCGAUUGGUCAAAACUGAAGUGUGGACUUGGGGCGGCGUACAGCACGGCCAACUUGGCACCGGCGACAUGGUCAAGCGGCACAGGCCUGUGGUAGUCAAUCAGCUGAUGUGGAGUGGUGUAGACCGGGUGGUGUGUGGUGACCAUCAUUGUUUGGCAAUCACAUUGGCAGGUGUAUGUCACAGCUGGGGUGCCAAUGAAGUCGGCCAGGUUGACAGCUCGUUGCAAGGGCAGGACCAGAGCAGUCCCAGGUCGUGGGGCCGAGUUGUUGACGUUGCUGCCGGAGCUAGACACUCCGUUCUCAUCGCCAGCGAUCACAGAUUACACUGGAUUGGCAAAUAUAAAGAGGAGAUGCCGGAGAUAGAGUUGCCACCGGGUCAGAUCCCUCUCCAUGUUUUAUGCUCCGGGGAAUACUCUUGUAUCAUAGCCGGAUCACUCGACAGUGACGUAGCAUCCACUACAGACCUGGCUAGCGAGCAGGCCUUUCUUGACGAGAUGUUGACGGUUCAACUGUCAGUGUUGAAGCCCCUCGGACGACGGUCCAACUUGGACGAAGUCCUUUCUAACUUGGCCUCCAGGUACACAGAUCUGCUUCAUCUAACAGCUGUCAGUGUCAACACCAUGACUCAGGGAGUGUCCAGUUUUAAACUGCUCCAGGAACACAUUGACGAGUUCCUACAAGUUUACGAGCUGUACCUCGCUGCUGUCUGUGACAUGAUUGCCAUGAGUGGGUUCUCUCAGAUGGCUCGAGUCCUGGAUAUCCCCGCCAAACUGACUCUGAUAUUCUCUGAUCGACUCCCCUCUCGGAAGACUUCCCCCGAGGCGAUCCUGCACUGUGCGUUUACUCACCCUCUCAACAGGGUCUCUGUGUACAAGAUGAUGUUGUCUCGGGGUCAGAGUUCUGUACCCGCUGAGGCCACCAAGUGGGAAGAGUUUUGUGAAAGGCAGGACACACUGAGGAAGCAGGCAGACAGCACGAGGCUAUUUUGGGAGAGCUGCGGCCGGUUGGUGGACACAUUGCGCACCCCUGGCCGAAGACUUGUGAGGGAGUCUCGAUCUCACCCUGUCAAUGUUCCCAACGUGUCACGCUGGUCUAGCAGCCCUUGGCUCAUCCUGCUUAGUGACACUCUGGUUCAUGUGUCGGGAGGAUCUCACACCUUGCAUCAGCUCGACACUGUCUGGGUGGAAGCUCUCUCCGACACUGAUACCGUACAGAACUCUUUUCUGAUAACCACUCCAGAGGAAACGUUGACUUUGGUUGCGCCGAGUGCCAAUGAUAAGGUAGAGUGGCUCCAUGCGAUCCAGAACACUAUCAAAACAAAACUGAACAAACUGCAAGCACCCUCGGCUAGAUCCGCGACCUACACCUUCACAAAACACAUCACCUACAAAGACGCUACAUACACAGGUAGGUGGGUGACAGCCAAGAUGGAGGGUCAGGGAAGACUACAGUGGGCUGACGGCAAGGUGUACACAGGACAGUUCCACUGUAACUUACCUCACGGCUCCGGCAGACUGGAGACUCCUGGCGUGUCUGUGUACGAGGGACAGUGGAAGGACGGACUGCAAAAUGGACUCGGAUCCACCAAGUAUGAGAACGGGGAUGUUUACGAAGGCUACUACAAGGACGGGCUGGCAAGCGGACAUGGAGUACGCAAGAGUGGAAGCUUCAAGUCGAACACAGCCACGGUGUACGUGGGGGAGUGGGUCAACGGACUGAGACAAGGCUACGGCGUCAUGGACGACAUCUUCACUGGAGAGAAAUACCUUGGCAAUUGGGGCAACAAUCUGAAGAACGGCAACGGACUUAUCGUUACUCUAGAAGGCAUUUACUAUGAAGGAACAUUCGUUCAAGAUGUUCUUACGGGUCACGGUGUGAUGGUGUUUGAAGACGGAACUCAUUACGAAGGCGAACUGAGAGCGGCAGGCCAGUUCAGUGGGAAGGGAACUCUGACGUUCAACACCGGCGACACGUUCGAGGGAAGUCUGCACGGCACGUGGAACGAAGGGAUCAAAAUAAACGGAACACUGCACAAAAACUUGCCUACAUCCACUCCUCAACAACACAAGAACAAACCCAGUUCGUUCGGCAAGUUGUGUGUGCCGCCUCAGGGUAAGUGGAAGGCGAUAUUCCGGCAGUGCUGGUCUGCGCUGGGUGCGGUGGAGGGGAAGGGUGACACUCAGAGAGCGUGGGACAACAUAGCCGUCGCCCUGACGUCACACCCGGCCAGUCAACAUAGACAUCACGAGUCACUGCAGACCAUCCCUCAGUUUGGCCGCACCUCCCUGGACACACAGAGCUACCACAAUGUGUGUGCCUACUUGAAUCAGGCUUUCGAGAGCACCCACCACCCGCUGGGGAUUGCGUUGCGUGAGCUGACGGGAGCGUUCAAUGCUACGUACGGAGGCCGCGUACAUCUGCUGCUGCUCUCUCACGCUGUAGACGAGCUGCAUUCUAUAGCUGAUAGACUGUAUCAGCUGGUGCGACUGCUGUUCCCAGCUCUACCAUUGCCCGGGAGAGAUAUGCAGCUGACGGACAAUGAGAACCUAGUGAUCAGCUUGGCGGGUAUCCUCCACCCCAUCUUGUUGCCGAGGUUUCACUCUGCCCUGUUUGAGUUGUACGCCCUCUACAAUAAGGCACAAGACGACUGCUAUUGGAAACGUCUUAUUAAGUGGAAUAAACAGCCUAACUCCACGCUCUUGGCGUUCUUGGGAAUUGACAGGAAGUUCUGGUUUGGUGCUGAUGAGAAUCAGCAAGUGUGGGCGGAACAUCGCUUCAGUACAGCUGUGGAGACUCUUCAGCAGCUGAAGACCACCUUCUGUCCUCUAGAGAAACUCAUGGUCAUACAGAGCACCUUCAAGCAGAUGACUGAGGUGGUUAGAUCAGAGUUAGGACCCAACUACCUGUGGACAAUGGACGAGCUGUUCCCUGUGUUUGUGUUUGUGGUGGUCAGAGCUUGCAUAUCUCAGCUGGGUUCGGAGAUUCACUUUGUCGAGGACUUCAUGGAACCUCGUCUAGCUAACGGUGAACUUGGGAUUAUGAUAACAACUUUAAAAGCAGGUUACCACUUGAUUCUUCAAGAAAAGACGACGAUUGGGAGCUAACUGUGAUAAAAUAUCAGUGAUUCAGUAUUCUUACUUUCGUUAGAACUUUUAGUACCUUAAAGUAUUUGUUUUUGUUAAAAGUGUGUGCAAUCAAGACUAAUUCUUAUGACAUAUCACAUUAAUGUUGAUCAAUACUAGGUUAAUCGAUGAGUAUAUUUUAGACUAGUGUUUUAGUAUUUGAAAUCGGAUAUUCCUCUAUUUUUGUAAUUUGUUCCUUGUUGAGAAGUUGUUUUCGACGGGUACUUUUGAAAAUAUUUUUGUGACGUGUACACUAUACUCACGCAAUCAUAUCUGAUCAUUCAAAAGGAUGCUUCGUCGUUCAGUCAAUACGCAGACCAACAAACCACUGGGAUCUUAGCCGUAUUUUUCCAACGAGAAGUUUCAAAAAACACCUAAGUGACCUAGGAGCUGCGAUUUAUAUUUUGAAAUUUUAGUUUUAAAAGUUUUAUUUGUGAUCUCAAUGUAUGUUUUCUUACACAGAUUGAUUGUAGCAACAAAUACAAUAGAAUUGGCAAUAAAUACAUUUUUCAAGAUGUACAAAACUGUUAUAGAUAGUACAAAAUGUGUUGCAGUUUUAUUGAACACUGUUAUGUUAUAAUUUUGUAUUAUAUUAUCUUUCAUAAGUCCAAACCUUACAUUGUUAUAUUAUUUAUUUACAUUUUAAAUUUUAUUAUUAACUACGUAAAUAGGAGUUAAAUCAAACUCACCAUUUCCUUUAUCUUCGUGAAAACUAAUUGACUCAUGUAACCUAAUUCUCCUCUCUACCCUUACGAGAUGGAAGUGGUUAUUGCAGUUUUGACCAAUGCUCUGUUUUAGUGUCAACUGCUUGCAGCAUAAUUUUAUACUCACUGUUAAUAUUUUAUUAAUCACAUAAUUGUGGCACAAUAUUAGUAUUUAAGUUAUUUUUAAACUUAGUUGUAGCCAUUUUUAAGCAAACCCCCAAUACGUAUAAUUGUCCCUCUGGAGUAAGUAAUAAUACUCUUGUUUUAAAUUGUCAAGGGCCAAAAAACCAAAGACAAUUCCUAUACAAAAACUAUUCAUUUUCAACUUUGGGAUAGUUGACUUAACGGAAAAACUAGAGAAGCUUAACUUGUAGCUGUGAUUUUGAUUUUACAUAAUAUUAAUUGAUAAUUUUACCCUUACUGAUUCUACUCAUCUCUAUUUCUAAUAAUUUCUAUUUUGUUAUUGCAUUGAACCAAAGAGUAUUUUUUUAAGUUGUGUAUUAUUUACCUGUUAGUUUGCUAACCAUAAGCACAAAUGAUUGUUAUCAUUAUGUUAUUUGUUGUGUUAUUUAGAUGGAACUCCCAUAGUUUUUUUGUUUAUGCAUAAUGUAGUCUCGUGGAUUAGGUGCCUCACCGUCUGGUAGCAGCUACACUUUGUUUACAUGUCCUUUUUGUAUAAAAGUAUCAUUUCGUAGCUACUUUUUGGAAUUUUUUUAUAAGAUUGUCUUCAAUAAUGUUCAAAGUCAAUGGGGUCACUGAUUUUAACUAAUGUGAUUUUUAAAUGGUUUAAGGUUUUAUGGUGAAGUUGUAAGAGGUGGCUGCUAUCAAAACGGUAGACCUUUUUCACAUAACCAUAUAAUGUAGUUGUAGUUAACUUUGUUCAUCACCAAAAUAUGGAUACUCAUUUACUGUUUAUCUCACCCUAGAUUGAUAAGGCAGUCUAGAAGACUUCAUAAACCAAUUUCCCCAAACCUUUUGCUCGUUUUAGUUGUUCGCUAAUGUGAGCAAAGUCAGAGCGAAGCCUGUUAGUGGAGGUUACAUAUUUGUCUGCUGUAGUGUUUGUGCCAGACAAGUCUAUUUAUUAAAGCUUUUUUAUUAAAUGCCAUAGAGUAUGCUCGUUAUAGUUUACUGUACUGUCAGAUUUGCCCUUCCUUAUUCAGCCAAAUCAUAUUUUUUACCUGUGAAUCAAGUUUUACAUGGCAAAAAUCUGCUUGUCCUUUAGUUUCUGGUUGGAAUGUAAACUAAUACAAAAUAUCUACCCUAGUUCAGUCGAGUAGGGCUGUCUGAGCUAAGUGUAUGUAUUGCACAGUAUUUCACAAACACGUUUUUUUAUGAAUAGUCAAAUUGUUUGGCUAAGGGUCUACAGUAGACCCUCGCUCAUCCGGACUAAUGUGGCGGACGUCCGGUCCGGAUUACGAAAAAUCCGGACUAUCGAGAGUCGAGCAAAUACACAGUACUGUAUAUAGCCGUUUUUUUCAAUUUUGUUCCAGGUCCACAGUAAUGAUAGCCGGGCAUAUGCACUUCCACCGGUAAUAAUUUUUACGCCACACUACAUUAUUUUGAUGAACUUUCCACGCAAGGAUUUAGUCCAGAAAACAGCUGUUUGCCGCCAGCUUAUUCAAAUGGGGUUUCAUUGCGUAAUACUGUUCUGCAAUGAGUUUUACCGGACACC